AUGGAGAAGAAAGUGUCUGCAAAAGACCAUCCCGUCCCUAGCGAAGAUGCCAGUUCCGGCACCGUUGAACCAUAUCGCGAGACGAAGCGUGGCCUAGCUUCACGACAUGUACAAUUGAUGGCCAUCGGCGGCUCUAUCGGCACAGGUCUCUUUGUCGGUAUCGGAUCAUACCUGCGCGAUGCAGGACCGUUGUCAUUACUAUUGGGGUAUAUGUUCUGGGGUUGCUUGUUCAUUCUACCUGUCAACUUGAGUGUUGGAGAGAUGGUGGCCUAUCUCCCUGUUCGAGGAUCGAUCUUCGAGUUGGCUGCGCGAUUCAUUGAUCCUGCGUUUGGAUUUGCUAUGGGCUGGGUGUACUUCUACGGGUGUGUUAUGCUAGUAUGUACGGAAUACGCAGCUGUCGCAACGGUCAUGCAAUAUUGGAACACGAGCGUCAAUCCGGCAGUUUGGGUGGCAAUGGCUCUCAUCGUUUGUUCUCUGCUCAACUUCGUCGCCGUGAAAUACUACGGAGAGAGCGAGUUUAUUAUGGCAUCAACAAAGAUCUUGCUGCUUAUUGGUCUUGUCUUGUUGACAUUCAUCACGAUGGUUGGAGGAAACCCCAAGCACGACGCCUAUGGUUUCCGCAAUUGGACACACGGCGUCAUGUUCGAGUACUAUACCGACGGCGUGACGGGGAGAUUCCUCGGAUUCUUCUCCGUCAUGGUCUAUGCCGCCUUCUCUGUUGCUGGACCCGAUCUUCCAGCCCUAGCAGCCGGCGAGAUCCAGAAUCCGAGAUACACCAUCCCACGCGUUGUUAAAGCGACAUUCUGGCGUAUUGUUGGAUUCUACGUCGUCGGCGUGCUAGCCAUCGGUAUCAUCUGCAGCCCACGCGAUCCCCGUCUCAUGUCAGCAAUUGACUCUGGUGCAGCUGGAUCUGCUGCCUCGCCUUGGGUCAUUGGUAUUGAGAACCUGGGCAUCUCAGGUCUCCCGGAUCUAAUCAACUUGCUUAUUUUGCUGUCUGGCUGGUCCUGCGGAAACGCCUAUCUCUAUAGUUCCAGCCGAACACUUUAUUCUCUCGCGCGUGACGGCCAAGCACCUAAGUUCCUCUUGAAAUGCACUGCUUCGGGUAUUCCCGUCUACUGUGUACUGACGGUCUCGCUUCUUUCCUGCGUCACCUUCCUCGUGGCGGGAUCCUCUUCCGUAACGGUCUUCUACUGGUUCGUCGACCUGACCACCAUCGCCUUCGUCCUCACAUACACGGGAAUGCUCUGCGUAUUCAUUGGUUGGUACCGCGCCUUGAAAGCACAAGGCAUCGAUCGGAAGCAGUUCGUCCCCUGGGCUUCCCCAUGGCAGCCAUAUGCCGCUAUUUGGGCUAUCUGUAUUGGCAGUGUCACGGCCAUCUUCAACGGAUUCUCAGUCUUCAAGCCAUUCAGUGUGCAGGGGUUCGUGACCUCGUAUUUCGGGCUGGCAUUUUGGGUAGUCAUGUACGUGUUCUGGAAGGUUUAUCAUCGCACGAAAUUGGUGAACCCGGCCGAGGCAGACUUAUAUUCUGGUAAAGCCGAGGUAGAUGAGGAAUGCAAAUUAUGGGAAGAUGGCGGAUGGGAGGAACGGAGGAAGGCUGAACUGGCGCAGAUGAAUUGGGGGCGCCGAGUUUGGGAGAAAAUGUGGUGA